AGCGCACAGCGUCCUCUCAUCAUGCCCUCCAUAUAGACCUUCCCAUCUUUCGAUCAGUGAUCACUCUCGUUCGGCCACCCUCUCAAACCAACCCAAACCCACGCGCGUGCACCGGCGCGCGCGCGCGCCACCACGAGCGAUGCCUCCCCUUCGCCACGGCGCGCGCGCCAUCCUGCUGCUCCUCCACUACGCGGCCGCCUCCCACCUCCUGCCGCGCGCCGCCGCGGGCCCGUUGCCGGACCCGGCGCUGGUCUUCCCCUCGGCGACCCCCGUGCAGCCCGCCGCCGCCACCGCCGGGGGCACGAUCCCGGCGUUCCCGGAGCAGUCGGACUCCCUCGCGGGGUCCUCCGCCACGUGCCCGCUCGCCCCCGCCCCGGCGCUCCUCCCGGCCGUGCGGUCCGCCUGCGACGCCGACGACGGCGCGCUCCCGCCGAGGCUGCGCUGCUGCCCCGCACUCGCCGCGUGGCUGUUCGCCGCCUACGCGCCCGCCGCGCUGUCUCAGCGGCCCCCCGCCGCGAGGCCGACCCCGGCCGCCGCCGCCGUGGACAUGCCGCUGCCGCCGGACGACUCCGAGGCGUGCGCGGGCGCCGCGGACCGCGCGCUGCGUGCGGGGGGCGCCGCGCUGCCGCGCCCCCCUGGCGGCAACGGGACGUGCGACGUGGCGUUCUGCUACUGCGGGGUGAGGCUGAGGCGGCUGACGUGCGGACCCGCGCCGGCGGAGGGCGGGCUGUGGGCCCCUGCGGACGCCGCGGCGAGGAGGCUGGAGAGGGACUGCGCGCAGGGGGGGACGCCCGGCUGCUCCAAAUGCCUUCGUGCUCUUGCCACGAUAAAGCCCAACAAUCCCGGUGGUGGCGCGGAGGCAGCGGCGCCGGCGGCGAAGGGGAAGAAGCAGGCCGGCCGGGCGAGCGAGAGCGACGGGCGGGACUGCGAGCUCAUGGGGCUCAUGUGGCUGCUGCAGCGCAACGCCACGCGCUACGGCGCGGCGGCCGCGGCCGUGAUCCGGGCCCUGAUGGCCGUGGACGAGGCGUCCGCCGCGGGCGUCGCGGCGCCGGCGGCGGCCGACGACGCGGCGCCGGCCGCGGCGUGCUCGCUCCCCGUGGACGACAUGCCCCUCCCGGCCGAGUACGCGCAGCUCAACGGGGCCAGCGGCGAGCCCGGCCUCUGCUGCUUCCACCUGGUUCUCCUGCUUGCCGUUCUGAGCUUCCGUGUUGCCUACUCGCUGUAGCAUUGGGUCUGUGACGAAUCAAUUUAAUUUUGUUAUAUGGUUCGUUGAGUUU